GAAUAAAUGACAUGUUUUGGACCUUAUUCGGCUUCUAAUAAUAAUCAAAUAAGAUGAAGAUAGCUGUAGAAGGUUGUGCUCACGGCGAAUUAGAAACAAUUUAUGAAUGUAUUGAAUUCUUACAAGAAGAACAAAAUGUAAAAAUAGAUUUAUUAAUUUGUUGUGGCGACUUCCAAUCAGUACGUAACAAUGAUGACCUUCGUGGGAUGGCCGUUCCUGAAAAAUAUCAAAGUAUUUGCACUUUUUACAAAUAUUAUAGUGGCGAGAAAGUAGCACCGAUCUUAACGUUAUUUAUUGGAGGAAAUCAUGAAGCAUCCAAUUAUUUGCAAGAACUUCCCUAUGGAGGUUGGGUGGCACCGAAUAUAUACUAUUUAGGUCGAGCAGGAGUUGUGAGAUUUGGAAAUCUAAGAAUUGGUGGGCUUUCGGGGAUUUUCAAAGGCCAUGAUUAUUUACAAGGGCUUUGGGAAUGUCCUCCCUACACACAGAGUUCGUUGAGAUCUGUUUAUCAUAUAAGAGCUCUUGAUGUUUAUAGACUAAGUCAGGUAAAAACAAAGAUUGAUGUAAUGUUAUCACAUGAUUGGCCCAGAGGUAUCACUAACUAUGGUGAUAGAAAUGAACUUUUGAGAAGGAAGCCAUUUUUUCGAGAAGACAUUGAAUCAAAUAGACUGGGAAGCCCUCCAGCGGAAAAAUUAAUUCAUGAAUUAAAACCAAAAUACUGGUUUGCUGCACAUCUACAUUGUCAAUUUGCAGCUGUUGUCGGACAUGAAAAUGAUGAGGAGACGAAGUUCUUAGCACUUGACAAAUGUUUGCCCAAAAGAAGACAUUUGCAAAUAUUGGAUUUGCCAUCAAAUUAUAACGGAGAUAUGCUUCUGAAGUAUGAUUCAGAAUGGCUAGCAAUAUUAAAGAACACAAAUCAUCUUCUAUCUGUAAAAAAUAUUAAUUGUCAUCUUCCAGGCCCAGGUAGCGACGAAAGGUAUGAUUUUACUCCGACACCUGAUGAAAUUCAAGCUGUAGAAAAAGCAUUUGAAAGUUUAGUAAUCAGUAAUGACAGUUUUGUAAAAACAGCACAAGAUUAUAAUCCUAAUAAACCUAAGUGCACUCCGACUGAACCCAUAUUGAAUCCCCAAACUGUGUACCUUUGUGAGAAGUUAGGAAUUGAUGACCCUGUUCAGGUUGUAAUGGCUAGAGCAGGAAGAACUAUGAAAAUAUUUUCCCCAGAUUGUAACGACACACAAACUGAAAAUACUCCAAAUAAAUGUGGAAAGCUAUCUUUACCAGCACCUGUUACGCCAAGUGAAAACCAAAGUGAAGAAAUAUCACAAGAAAAUUCUACUAUAAGUCUUGAGUUAAGUUAUACACCAGAAAAUAGCAAUUAUUCAUCAAAUUGUAUGACUCCACCCAGUGCAAAGAAGGUUUUUAAAAGACGUAACUUAGCUUUAUAUACGUCUGAAGAAUGUGAACAAGGUAGUGAUAAAUCAAGUUCUCCUGCAAGUUCAGAUAGUCCCAGAUCAAGUAAACUUCCAUACAAAAGCAAUGAAUUAUAAUAAACAAUUUAGAAGUUGUAAUAGUAUUUUUGUAUUUAGAUCAAUUGAAUGUAGAUAAAUACUUUUGUAUGUAAUGAAAUACUAAUUAGAUGAAAUUAAAUAUUAAAAUUAAAAUCAUAAAAAUUAUUUUGUUACUGACACAUUUCACAAUGUAAGGCGAUAAAAUAAUAAGCAAAAUUAUUACUAAGUGUCAAACAUUUUAAAAAUAAGAUUUCUUAAAAAUUAUUUUAUUAUGUACAUACCUAUUUCACAUACUUUGAUUUUCUUAUGCUUGGAUGUGGUCAUGACAUACAUACUUUAUUUUAAUGAGGAUUGUCUACGCUUUUUUAAAAAUUGAUAGUUACAUUGUACUAUUGUUGAAAGCCAUAAUAUUACUUUAUAAUACUUGUGUAAGUAAUGGAAGUGUCUCAAAGUGCUCUUAUUCUUAAGUCAAAUUUAUUUAAAAAUUUUGGCAAUAAAUUGAGUGCAAUUCAUAAGUUAACGUGGAUCAGGUAAUUUCCACCAAAUAUAAAGACCUGUAGAAGUAAACAAAAUUUUAUUAAUUAUAACUCCAAGGGCGUGGUAGUUUUUUGUUGUAAGAAAAUCUUAUAUGUAAUUUGAUUUUACAAAAUUAUUACCCAAAUAUGAUUGUCUUUAAUGCUCAACACGCUCAACACAGAUCAUGUAUAUAUUUUUAAUGACAUCUAUUUUGUAAUAUUAUGUAAUGUAUUUGGACAAAAAUAAUAAAAAAAAUCACUUGGAUAAUAUUUGCAUCUCAGUUGUUUUCCAUAUGUCCUCUGUUAUACAAUUAUUUUAUAUGAGUAAGUAAAUGUUGUUUUAACUGUGGCAUGUUCUUUGGUUCAUAGCUGCACUGAUUGCAUUUAAGAGGUGUUGACAUGAGAGAUUUGUGCGUCUCAUUUGAUAUUUUUUGUAUAAAACCAUCUUCUGUCAGUUUCUUAAAAAUGUCUGUAAUGAAAAUAAAAAGGGAAUAAUAAAAUACUUACACAACA